AUGCCCGCACAGCCUGUCGGUGUCACGAACAUGACGGUCAUCAAGCCGCUGCCAACCGGGGGCGCACCCGCGCCCUCUUUCUCCUCCAGCGGCGCCACAUCGGGCGCCUCCUCGCCCGACCACUCCGUCGCCACCACCAGCACCAGCACCACCGCCAGCACCAACCACUUCAUGCACUCGCCGCCGCCCGCUCCUUCGUACGCGCAGCCGAUGCCGACGAACCUUAGCUACGGCCUGGGCCUGGGCUUGGAUGGGGCCAUGGGCUCGCCACUGGCCCGCGGCAGUAGCGUCGGUGGCGUUGGUGGUGGCGGUGGUGGUGGUGCGACGGCGGCCAACGCGUCAGACCUGCUGCUGUCACGGUGCGCGAGAUGA